CUUAUCCAAGUUCGAAUCGUACCCAGUCAAAAAUCAUGGAUCGAUAUCCCCCUUAUUCUGGAAGAGACAGCUAUGACGACCGAUACAAAGGUUACCAUAGUCGACCUAGAGACGAUUUACAUCGAUCACACGAUGGCUACCGAGAGCCAGACUACAGAGAUCGAGAUGGCGGCCGACAUUAUCCACCGUACAUGCGAUCACCGCCACGACGACCAAGUGAGUCUGGCCGACCCUUCCGUGAUCACUCUCCACCCCCACCACCCCAUAUGCGUAGCAGAUACAGAUCUCGGUCUCCUCCACCGCAUCCUUCUUAUCGAUCACCGCCGCCGUACCGAGAGCGAUCUCACUAUCCUCCACCACCCUACCACUCACCCUAUCGUUCCAGCAGCGGCUCACCAUAUACUCGAAGACCACCACCUAGCAGUUCGAUUCCACCCAUGUCCUCACAUCGGCAGUAUGUAGCUCCCAGUGGACCUCCUAUGGUGUCUUCUCCUAUCAAUGAAUUACCGCCUUCUCUACGAGGACCAUCGGGCCCACCUCCACCUCCACCACCGCUUUCUCAUCACCACCACAGUCGCCCUAAUUCGCCUGGACCUUAUCCCGCACCACCACCAAUUGCUUCUCCUCAUCCCCGGACAAGAAUCUUAAUUGCUCCACUACAAGAAAAAGAGAUUCGAAGGCAGGAAGAAGAAGGCCGCAAACUUCAAGUUGAAGAAUUAUCGAUCAUUUCAACCAUGCGAAAAAAGAAUCAAGACCUUAUGCUUGCAGCCUGGGAGGUUGACAAGGCUGAGCAUCAACUGGAACUCGUACAGCACCAGUGGCAAGAAGGCAAUCUUGAUAGUGUGUUGGAUAACGCACGGUUCCUCGCCAUUCAUUAAAUUUGUCUCAAAGUCUUCCUCAAUGUACAUAUUACUAUUCUCUCUCUCUCAAUUAGAAUCACUUUGUUAUUUAUAUUUUGUUUCCCAUGGGCAUUAAAUAUAGCGCUUUUGAAACGAAGAGAGAAAAUAUUGAAAAGUACAGAUGUUACGGGGAACAAAAAC